AUGCGGCUCACUCUCUCCUUCAUCAGUCUCUUGUCGCUUCUCCACUCUACGUCGGCCUUGAUCGCCUUCCCUGGUGCAGAGGGGUUUGGCGCGAACGCGGUCGGCGGUCGUCAGGGUGAAGUGUACGUUGUGUCGAACUUGAACGACUCCGGCGAAGGGUCGUUGCGCGAUGCUGUAUCUCAGUCCGGUCGGAUCGUGGUGUUCUCUGUGGGAGGAGUGAUUGAAAUCACCGAUCGCAUUGUCGUAUCGAAACAAGUGACGAUUUUGGGACAAACGGCCCCUGGCGAUGGAAUCACCGUAUAUGGAAAUGGGUGGUCAUUUUCGAACGCUGACGAUGCCAUCGUGCGGUAUAUCAGGAUUCGCAUGGGCAAAGGCGGUUCAUCAGGAAAAGACGCCAUGGGCAUCGCCGACGGAAAGAACAUGAUCUUUGACCACGUCUCUGUCUCUUGGGGUCGUGACGAGACAUUCUCGAUCAAUGGUGAUGUCACUAACGUUACCAUUCAGAACAGUAUCAUCGCCCAGGGUCUGCAGACACAUUCCUGUGGCGGCUUGAUGCAAACCGACGGUGGUGUAUCGCUGUUCCGCAAUCUGUACAUUGACAACAAAACGCGCAACCCUAAGGUCAAGGGUGUCAAUGAGUUCACAAACAACGUGAUCUAUAACUGGGGCGGUGGUGGUGGCUAUAUUGCCGGAGGCUCUGAGGGAGAGUCCAAUGUUAACGUCAUCGGGAACUAUUUCAUUAGCGGACCGUCUACCUCAGUCACAGCGUUUACUCGUGGCAACGAGAACUUCCAUGCCUAUGUUGAGACAAACUACUAUGACUCCGAUAAGGACGGCACUCUCAAUGGCAGCGAGCUGGGUGUGGCCUCUUCCAACUACGGCGGCAUGGAUCUCGUCACCGCAAAGUACGACUAUCCAGCUGUCGCGUCCGUCUUAUCUCCGGAUGAUGCCCUGACUUAUGUCACCAAGUAUGCUGGAGCAUCAAAGGUGAGGGACAGUGUCGACACCCAAUUAAUCGCCCAGGUCGAAUCCUAUGGCAAAGAUGGCGCACUGAUUUCCGACGAAGCGGACAUGGGAGGCGCAGGCGACCUCGACCAGGGUACGGCCCCUACCGAUACCGAUGGUGAUGGAAUCCCCGACGAUGCCGAGGCAGAGCUUGGAACGGACCCCAACACUGCGGAUUCCAUGGAGCUGGAUGCCAGCGGGUAUACAUACCUGGAGGUUUGGGCAAACUCCCUGGUUCCUUCCAGCUAUGCGUAA